CGUCUAGCAGAAGACUACCGACCCUUGCAGCCCCUCUGCGGUUCAAGUUGAAGGCGACGAAAUCUUAUUUUUAGCUAGUAGGCCAUAGCUUAUGUGUCGGCAGGGUCUGGUGCUCUUUCUUUUAUUUUUUCGCGGAUCUAUUACAAUGCCCAUAAUUCGGCUGGAAUCAUCGGAUAAAGAAAUCUUCGACACGGACACGGAGAUCGCCAAGUGCUCGGAGACCAUCAAGACUGCUCUCGAAGAUCUGGGCGAUGAGAGCGACAAUAGCGUGCUGCCCUUGCCUAAUGUCAAUUCGCUCAUUUUGAAGAAGGUGCUCCAUUGGGCCACCUACCACAAGGACGAUCCCGAGAUGGCCGAAGAGGAUGAAAACAAGGAGAAGCGCACCGAUGACAUUUCGUCAUGGGACGCCGACUUUCUGAAAGUGGACCAGGGCACCUUGUUCGAGCUCAUUUUGGCUGCAAAUUAUCUUAACAUUCAGGGACUGUUGGAUGUCACAUGCAAGACCGUCGCAAAUAUGAUUAAGGGAAAAUCGCCGCAAGAAAUCCGGGACACUUUUGCUAUAAUGAACGACUUCUCGCCAGCUGAGGAGGAGAAGGUGCGUAAGGAGAACGAGUGGUGCGAGGAGAAGUGAGGCGAGCGCCUUCCGGAGCCAUUGACCAUUACAGUCAAUCGGGCAUAUACAUAUGUAUAAACAAAAAACUGUUUUGUUCAUAAUUAAAGAGUUUGCGUAUUUCUUGC